ACCACAGCAGAGUCUCACUGGGCACUCACUGCUCAGCUCACUGCUGUCCUCUCUUCGUCCGCCACUGGCCCUGGUUCCGCUUCCUCCCACGGCUUGUUUUUCCUUCCCACGAAUCGCCCUGUGGAUUUCUUUCUACAUCCUUCGGGGGGGGAGGGAGAAGAUUCACAUAGCAACGUUGUCGUGACUCGCCGGCCGCCACUGCGGAGAAGAGAGUGGGAAUCGAGGCGUGGGACGUUGAGGCAGACCAAUCGAUCAUACUGAUAGAGAAGCGACGCAGUGAAAGAGGAGAGGCAGCCUUUCUCCUUUUCAUUUUUAGAAAUCUGCCCUGCAUAGCUGUGGACCUCUUGAGAAUAUUUUGGCUCAUAUUUUCCCCCCUCAGGAAAAAGACUGCUCAUUACAGGGAACAACUGGGCGAGUUUGUCAAAUCAAAGAAGAGGACCUUGAAGUUAAAUGUUUGCCACUACCACAAACUAACUGAUUUCCAUUCUCAAUGAUUAUGCUGGACACCAACCAUUGCCUGUCCUUUGAACACUCCCCGUUGGGUUCUCCACCAAUGGGCAGUGACAUGGACAAGGCAGGAUUGAGGACAGAUCAUGAUAGACAUGUCUAUCAUAGCCUGAAAGAAGGUGGGCAAGCCAUCGCAGCAUGCGUCCUCCAGCUCAAACUCCAACAGAGACGCACGCGAGAGGAGCUGGUCAGUCAAGGGAUCAUGCCACCGCUAAAAAGCCCGGCAGCCUUUCAUGAGCAGCGGCGGAGUCUGGAGCGUGCAAGGACUGAAGACUAUCUCAAGAGGAAGAUCCGAAGUCGUCCCGAGCGCUCUGAGCUGGUCAGGAUGCACAUUUUGGAGGAGACGUCAGCGGAGCCCUCCCUGCAGGCCAAGCAGUUGCAGCUGAAGAGAGCUCGACUCGCCGACGACCUCAACGAUAAGAUCUCGCACAGACCGGGUCCCAUCGAACUGGUACACAAGAACAUCCUGUCUGUCUGCCCUGAUCAGCACUCGCCACCCGAAUCUCCAAAGGGAGCUGGUGGAGAGAGCUCCUCGUUGGACGAAGAUAGCAGCGAUGCGCUGUCACCCGACCAGCUCGCCAAUCACGAUUCUCCUCUGAGUAACGUCCCGCAGCCAUCGCCCUCCGACAUGCUCGCCCAGAAUGGAGACAUGUCCCCCACGCAGCUUGUUACGCAACCCACGCCACAGCCUCCUCCUACUCCUGUGGUAAAGGCCUCCGAUUCGCCUCCUCCCCUCAAAGUGGCAAACGGGACCACAGUAACCUCCCGCUCACCCUUUACGCAGCUCAAGUCUCACACUAAGACGAGUUCCGACCGUCCCCUGCUGAGAUCCAAAAAAGCAAAGGACAACAAACCCAAGGUGAAGAAGCUCAAGUACCAUCAGUACAUCCCUCCGGACCAGAAGGCGGACAAAGAGCGUCCGCCUCUGAUGGACUCAUCCUACGCCAAACUCCUCCAGCAACAGCAGCUCUUCUUACAGCUACAGAUUCUCAACCAGCAACAACAGCACUACAACUACCACACCAUCCUACCUGCGCCUCCAAAGCCAGCACCGGAGCAGCCCCUCCCGACGAACCCCAGCCCUUCCCCAACUCGCACUAUUCCCACGACCCCCAUCGCCACCUUAACCCCAACGAGCGGAAAUGCACGCCAACCGACAAUGGGAGCGGCCAAACCCACCACUUUGCCCGCCAACUUGGAUGAGUUCAAAGUCGCUGAGUUAAAACAGGAACUGAAGUUGCGAGGUUUGACCGUCUCUGGCACGAAAAACGAUCUAAUCGAGAGGCUCCGCCACUACCAAGAGCAAAACGCCGGCCCUGCUGUCUUGAAAAAUGGCGCAUCGCAACCCAUCCAUCAAAGCGCAGCCACUGCAGCUAACAGCGCUCCGGCCGCAGGCAGCGAUCAGCAACAGGUUGAAGGAGGAUUCAAGGUGGCUCUGUCCCCGCUGACUCAGGCUUUUCCCGGUCGAGUCGUGCGUUUUGGAAGCACCAGCUCCAGCCCGCCUGUGUCUCCUUCGCCAUCUGAACGCUCAUUAGCGGGGCUGAGUCCAGAUGAAACCAGCUGUAAUGGAGACAUGUUUGGGGAGAUGGUGAGCUCUCCCCUGACUCAACUCACCAUCCAUCCCGCUCCUCAGCAACCAUCCAACAACUCCCCUCUUUCCCUACCGCUCAGUCAGCCCAAAGAAGAAGGCAAGAGCUCAUGCAGCCUCCACAGAUCUUCACCCGGCUCGGUUAAGCCCUUGGAGCCUUUCUCUGUGGUAGCCAUGGAGUCGUCCUCUAUGGACAAAGAUCAAAUGCUGCAGGAGAAGGAUAAGCAGAUUGAGGAGCUGACCCGGAUGCUGAGGCAGAAGCAGAGGCUGGUGGAGACGCUCCGAACUCAGCUCGAGCUGGGAAAGAUGACGGGAGGCGUGGCUGCAGAGCGGGAAGGAGCUGACAAGAAAACGCCAUCUCCGAUUGGCAAACCUCCAACACUCAUUAAAGCCUCGGCCAUCGAACCCCCCGUGCUUCCUGAUGGCCCGCCGAAGGUGAAGCAGGAAGCUGAGACGGAGGAAGCCAUGACGGGAGUAACGGAAGAAGCCCAAAGCAAAAGAGCGGUGCAACCUAUGCAGUGCUCCCAGGAGACUCUGUUCAGACUGCAGCAGAUUAAUCGACUGCAAGUCCAACAAGUGGAACACCUCAAGCACUCGCGUACCAUUUCGGAACCCAAGUCCAACCCUCAAAAGCAACCCGAGCCCAAGAAGGAAUCUAAAAUCCUGCUCCAGCAGCAGCAGCAACAACAACUCCAGCAACUCAUCAUCCAGCAGACGCAGCAGAAGCAGCUGCAGGCCCAGCAGAAGUUGGCGCAGCAAAAACUGGCCCAGCAGAACCAGCUGCAACAAGGGAAGAAGACCCAAACGCAGCACAGGAGCUCAGUUCAGCUGAAGCGGGUUCAAGUGCAGAUCCAGAAGCCUACAGCUAGCCAAAGCCAGCAGAAGAAGCAGCUGAAGGCUCAGCAACGGCAGCAGCACAAACAGCAGACGGCCACUGUCAGCACUCAGCAGGUGGCGCCAGUCUUCAACCAACCCAAGGGCACUCAGAUUCACACUCAGGCUAUUUCGUUAGACCUCCUUAAAGCCGGCGGCACGCUGGUCACCGACACCAACGGCAACCACUACUUGAUCGCCCUCACCAGUAGCGCGACCAACGGUCAGAACCACCGAGCGCCCACGCAGGCCAAAAGCAACGGACGCGUCACGCUGCAGAGACUACAGUCCACUCCAAGCAAGCUGCCCAGCACUGCCGGCCAAUCACAAGAGCAGAAAGACAGCCAGGGUGUGAGCCAGCCAAUCAAAAAGGAACCGAAAGCGGAGCUGCACGUGGACACCAACGGCGUCCCGCCGGCCAACUCGUGCUUCACCGCCCCUCCCAACCUGCAGCCUUUCUUCGACGACAUGUCGGACAACGAAAGCCAAAGCAACCUGCUCUUCUCCUUCAAGACAGAGCGGGUGUGUCCGCCUUACGACCGACACACUCUGUUUACUCCUCCCUCCCCCAAACCCAACACCUCUCUUCCGACCAAGCGCUCCAAAGGAAAUGGCGUCAAUUCUCAGCAGAUGGAUGACCUCUUUGACAUCCUGCUCAAGAGUGGAGAGAUCUCAGGUUUUAAGGCCAACCCGGACCCGUCGCUCGCCCCGCUCCACUCGGACCCACCCUCGCCCACCUCCCCGCCGUCCCCUCUCCACCUCUCUCCUCCCUCCCCUACCUCUCCCCUCAUCUCCCCACCAGCCCCACCAAGGGAGCCCUGCACAGGCGGAGGUCGCCUGGAGGACUUCCUGGACAGCUCCACGCUGCUCGGUGUAGAGCCAGGCAGCGGCCUGACGCUCAUUGACGACCUCCACAGCCAAAUGCUGAGCACCGGCAGCAUCCUGGACCACCCGCCCUCCCCCAUGGACACGUCCGACCUGGGCUUCUCACCCCACUCGACGGGGCUGGACUUUGUGGAUGCCGCUCUGGACAGCAUGGACUGGCUGGACAUCUCCAUGGUAGGGAGCUCCAGCGGUGCGGGGGGAGGAGGACGAGGAGGAGGGGACGUGGGGACCAGCCUGACUCCGCUGGCUCCGCACACGCCGCCGAGUGUCUUCUCUGCUGACUUCCUGGACAGCACGGACCUGCAGCUACACUUGGAGUCGUGUCUGUAGCCUCAAAUGACAGCGUGCGGGCUCCACAUUGAUACUUUCUCCAUGCUGUCUCUUAUCACUGCUGGGCUCACUGACACACGCAUAUUGGAAAACUGUUUAAGUGUUGAUUUGAUGUCCUUGAUAUCCAGCUUAACUCGCCGUAUGAAGGAUAUCAGAUAAAUGCUCAACCGGCUUCCCACGCACGCACACAUGCUAUUACUGGCUUUAUUAUGCACUAUGAGGUGAGCUUCAAGUAAUUUGGACAUUAGUCCAAGUUAAGAUCCAUCAGCAAGUCUGUACCAUUUUGCACGCUCAUCUGCUAAAAGUGAAUCACUUAUUUCAAAGUGUGUGUGAAAUGCAAGCGUGUCAGUGCCUCUUAAACUUUGCACUUAAGUCGGAUUGGUUUAAAGGUGGGCGUUCAGGAAUGUUGGCCGAAGACCUUUUAUGUUACGCUGAGGGGAGGCAAAAGGCAGCUGUCACCUUAGCAACUUGAUGCCCACCCACACGAGUUAAAAAAAA